AUGGCCUUCUACGAAGAAGACUAUUGUCAUGAUUCUGUUGACCAGGACUUCACCAUAGACUGUCUUCCACUAGACUGCAUUGUUUGCAUAUGUAAAUAUCUUCCUGUCAACGAUCUGGGGAGGUUUGGCAGUGUGUGUAAGUUGUUUUAUGAAGCAUCAUUGAUCGGAUUUUUAUGGCGUCACCACUGUCUGUCUCGCUGGACAUUCUGUGAUGUUCAGCAAAUCUCCCCCGGCCCCCAGCGAUGGAGAAGGUACUUCCUUGCCCGUAGGAGCGUGGAGGCCAGUAUGGAGAGGGGCAGGCCAGGCAGAGACUACAAGGUGAAGACUCUCAGAGGACACGAGAAGGACAUCACAACAGCAUAUGUGAUUGGAGGAGGAGGAGUAAACUGGGAAAACCCCCUACCACCUCUUGUAGUCAGUCUCUCCCAGGACAACUGUGUCAAGGCCUGGGACGUCAGUCAAGGGAAACCAGUAUGGUCUCUGGAGGGUCAAGGCACCACAGCUAUGGCUGUCAACAACAGCACCAUGGAGUUGGCUACAGGUGGUGUGGAUGGGAGUGUGGAUCUCUGGGCCUGCGGAGAGUGGACAAAGACGCUGUCCUUCAAGACGAAACUUGGUGGGCAAGUUCUGUCUCUCAAGUUUGGGGAGCUCAAGACCGCAAAACCACUGCUUAUGGUUUAUGUUGAGGGUAGUCAAGACAACGACAACCGGUUAGAGGUUUGGCAACUCCCCUCUCCACUGGACCCACUUGCAGCUGACACACCAGACGAUGGUCCACCACCACCAACACUCGUGCUGGAGCUCUGGGCACCUGCUCACAACUGUGGGGACAUGCAACUCUCCUCUAAUGGACUGUUAGCUGUCCCUGGAAAAGCUGGAGAUGUUCAUAUUUGGGACCUAACAGAGACUGUAUCAGUGUCUGCCCCCUCUCCCCUUCCUCCCCUGAUUACUGUAGAUACACAGCUUCCUGUCGGAAACCUCUACUGGACAUCUCCAGGGUGUUUGGCAAUGAGGGAAGGUGUUAAAAUCAGCUACUGGGAUGUGAGGGCAAAAAUGGAGUCACGGAGUGGGAGGAUCUCUCGCGACACUAUUAACAUGUACAAUGCAACCAGAGAGAUAGCAUGUGACUCUCAUGUGACAGCCGUGGCAAUGGUGAACAAUAAAAUAGUGGUGGGAGAUGUAGCCGGACAAGUGUGUGUGUACGAUGGCUCUUCAAAAGCCAGAAGCUCUUUUCUACAGAGGUUUGCUGACCACAAGGGAGCAGUUACUGGCAUCUAUGCAGAUAGUUUUCGAGUGAUAACUUGCUCCAAGGACUUCUCUAUUCGUGUCUACUGUUGGAGGAAGGACGAUGACAAAGUGACUCUGGAGAGCAAGUACACGCUCCUUGGUGGCUCAGUGGCCCACAAAACACAUGAUGGGUUCAACAGGCUACUCUGCGAGUCUAGCAGCUGUGUAGGUGUUUGCGGGAGCCAGCUCAAGUGCUACACGUUCACAUCUCCACCUCUUGUCGAACAAAAAGUACUCAAUAUGGUAUAGAUUCAAUUUUAUAAUGCU